AUGGCACAGACAUCCAUAGACUUCUCGAAUCUGGACGACUCAGACAUUGCAUCGAUAGAAUCUGACGAUUUGCACACUCACCGACCGAACCGCUGGACUGGCCCCGCGUCAACAUGGCGCCACCUCACCGAGGAAGAGCGUCUGCUCUGGCACGCAUACGAGAAAGUCGAGAAUGAGAACCUGGGCAUUCAUCUCUAUAAUGUAUUCGCGCUGCGCAAGAGGGCAGAGAACCCGGCGACGAUGGGUGACGUGACGGUUCAAUUGGACAACGGUUCUGAGGCGGUCUGGACACCACCAAAGAUGUUUACCGCGUGGCCAUUGAUAAAAGAUCGUUUGCCUGAGGAACAUUUCGUGAAGAGGGAAGACGAUGAGGAUGAGCCAUACACGUACCGCAAGGAGGAAACCAAAUACCCCAGCACGGAUCUACGAGAGGAACUCAACGCCACCAUUCUACGAAUGGCAAAGCAAAGAUUCAGAAAGCGGAAAGCGAGGUGGGAUGCCGUCCGGCCUUCUGUUGAGGACGCAGGCGACGAGCUGGAGCAAGCCAGCUCAGAGGAGGACGACGACGAGCCCCUUGCACCAGCUGAAUCACCACAACACCGCGAGCAUGGCCAGGACGAAGAUGAUCGUGAUGGCAGUACUGAAGACAGGGACGACGACCAUCCACAGACUGAGACGGCUACUCCUCGCCAGCGCAUCCCACCAAAGACAUAUGAACCCAUCGUCUCCUUAGAGGACCACGCAUCCCUCCUCAACCCCAUCUCCAGACACAUCAUAUCCCAAGUCAACAAGACGCUCUCCAUUCUCUCCGCCUCACGUACCAUUGGUCUCGGCGGCUACGAUUCAGAUUCAUCCUCUUCAUCCGACACCUCCACCACCUCCCGCCGCCGCACCUCACGUUCCCGCCGCAGCCCCUCCGCCACCUCCAACACAAGUACAAAGUCACCAACCACGUCUGGCAAGCGUGGUCGUCCGCGCAAAGUCCAUGCGCGUAAAGCCGGAGAGACGGACGAGGAAAUGGCCACCCGCGUGGCCCGCGAAAUGCAUCGCGCCCUCCCCCCUCCUUCACGCCCGGCGUCUGCCGACAACGACAACGACUCUGCCUUUGAAGCGUGGCUCAGGACGGAGCAGAAACAACCGAGGCAGCCCUCCAAGAAGCCACCGCCGAGACUGUUUGGUCUCCGCGACUGGAGCGAUGUGGUGUCGUCCGCGGCACUGGCUGGGUUCUCGCCCGACGUCAUUGCGCGGACCACGCAGCGCUGCGCGAAUCUCUUUGGCGAGGGUAUGGUCAUGCGGAGUCUGCAUGAGUUGCCCGCCGACAAGGGCGACGGGGUGGCGAGCCGGGAGUACAGGCCAGAGAGGAUACCCACAUCGGACAUGGACUCGGACGAUGGCGAUGGAGGAUGCAGAGAUGGGGCCUCGACUCUUCUACAGCGUCGUGUGGCUUCGCGACAAUCUAGUUUCGCGGCAUCAGAUAGGUCGAGUCCGUCGCGCUCGAGGUCGAGGUCCGCGUCCGUGGGGACCAACUUCUACUGCCCCCUGGCGUCCUGCCCGCGCGCCGGGAAGGGGUUCGCGCGCAGGGCGAAUCUGCGUCGGCACAUGGAGCUCCUGCAUCCUGGGGCGGUCGGGGACGUGCACAUGGCGAGUCCUGGGUUGGCGGGGAGCGAGGUCGAUUCGGAGGAUGAGGUGUACGGUGCGGUGCACGUGGAUGGCUUCCUCAAGCCCAUUGCGCCGGGUAGAGGCUGGCGAGAGCAGACUGCGGCACCCAGGGAGAGGAAACGUAGGCGGAAGGGGAAGCGUGGGAGAGGUCAUGCGGAUAGCAGUGGCAGCGAUGGAGAUAUAUCGUCAUGA